AAAUUCUAACCUCAUACCCAAUUUAGACCAAAAUCAAAGACAUUAUCUCUCUUUUCUUCUUCUUCUACUUCUUCUCUCUCUCUCUCUCUUUUAAUUUUCCAACGACCAAACCCUAAAUUAAUCCCUCUGUUAAUUCGUUUUCGCGAUGGUUUAGUUCGAGGUUUUUCUUCAGAUCCGAUCCGCCUCAGAUUUAAUGCAUUUUGACGAAUUAUUUUGGAUGGAUGAUGAUAGUGCAGAUAGAUAAAAUGUCUGCUCCUUCAUCUAGGGAGCGCGCACAGCGUCUUUAUGAGAAGAAUAUCGAAUUGGAAAAAAAUCGUAGGAGAUCUGCUCAGGCACGAGUGCCUUCAGAUCCCAAUGCCUGGCAGCAGAUGCGUGAGAAUUACGAGGCUAUAAUUCUUGAGGACCAUGCUUUUUCCGAGCAGCACAAUAUUGAAUAUGCUUUGUGGCAGUUACAUUAUAAGCGGAUUGAGGAACUAAGAGCUCAUUAUAGUGCUGCAGGAUCAAACACGUCUCAGGGUGUGAAAGUUCCUCCGCGGCCUGAUCGACUUACAAAAAUAAGACUGCAGUUUAAGACUUUCCUUUCAGAGGCAACAGGAUUUUAUCAUGAUCUAAUUUUGAAAAUCAGAGCAAAGUAUGGACUUCCAUUUGGGUACUUUUCUGAUGAUUCGGAAAGCCAAAUUGUUAUGGACAAAGAUGGGAAGAAAUCUACUGACAUAAAAAAAGGUUUGGUGUCUUGUCACCGUUGUUUGAUAUACUUGGGAGACCUAGCACGGUACAAAGGAUUAUAUGGAGAUGGAGACUCUAAAUCACGCGAGUAUGCAGCAGCUUCAAGUUACUACUUACAAGCUGCAUCGAUUUGGUCAUCAAGUGGGAAUCCACAUCAUCAGCUAGCUAUAUUGGCAUCCUAUUCUGGAGAUGAGCUGGGAGCUGUUUAUCGAUAUUUCCGAAGUUUGGCAGUGGAUAACCCCUUUUCAACUGCAAGAGAUAACUUGAUUGUGGCAUUUGAGAAGAAUCGUCAUAAUUAUUCACAACUUCCUGGAGAUGUUAAAGCUCCUUUGGUCAAGGAACCUGCUGUACGGUUAUCUGGAAAAGAUAGGGGGAAAGCAGAAGCAAAACUUGCAUCUAAAGAGACCAAUAUGGAAUCAAACGCUGCUAGAGAGAAAGUAUCUGGUGUCCAGGAUGCUUUUAAAUCCUUCUGCAUUCGAUUUGUGCGGCUUAAUGGCAUUCUUUUUACACGCACAAGUCUUGAGACGUUUGCUGAUGUUCUUUCUCUUGUUAGUCAUGAUUUAUGUGAACUUCUCUCUUCUGGGCCAGAAGAGGAACUUAAUUUUGGCACAGAUGCUGCUGAGAAUGCACUUCUCCUUGUUAGGAUGGUUUCCAUUCUUGUAUUUACAGUUUACAAUCUGAAGAGGGAGAGUGAUGGUCAAACAUAUGCUGAAAUUGUGCAGCGCACUGCGCUACUUCAAAAUGCAUUCGUUGCAGUUUUUGAGUUGAUGCGACAUGUAGUAGAGAGAUGUUCACAGCUCCGGGAUGUUUCUUCAAGCUACACCUUACCUGCUAUUCUUGUUUUUUUAGAGUGGCUAGCUUGCUGCCCAGAUGUUGCAGUAGCUGGCAGUGAUGUGGAUGAGAAACAGUCAAUGACUAGAUCACUUUUCUGGAAACAUUGCAUAUCAUUUCUGAAUAAGAUCUUGUCAAUUAGGACAAUGGGCAUUGGUGAUGAUGAAGAUGAGACCUGCUUUUUCAAUAUGAGUAGGUAUGAAGGAGAAACUGAAAACUGUCUUGCAUUGUCGGAGGACUUUGAGUUGAGAGGGUUCUUGCCACUUGUUCCAGCACACACUAUUUUGGACUUCUCAAGAAAGCGCUCCUUUAUAAGUGAAGGUGAUAAGGAAAAGAAAGCCCGUGUCAAGAGGAUCUUAGCAGCUGGGAAGGCUCUAGCUAAUGUCAUUAGGGUUGAUCAGAAAAAUGUUUGUUUUGAUUCAAAAGCAAAGAAAUUUCUUAUUGGUGCUGAGCCCUCUGAAGAUGUCACAUUCAGCACUUCUACCUCACUGGCAACUAAUGGUGUGGGGCAUGAAACCCCUUCUGAGAAGUCAGUUAAUAUUGGAAAUGUGCAGCCAAUCCCGCAACCUAGAAUGGUUGAGGAAGAGGAUGAUGAUGAUGAAGUGAUUGUUUUCCAGCCAGCUGUGAGCGAGAAGAGAACUGAAGUGGUUGGUCCAAACUGGCCCCCCUCUGAGGCUUUGAAGCAUGAUCGAAGUAGCGCUCCAGGUGAUGUCAAAUUUUAUGGCAGUACCAUGUCUGGUCCUCCUGCUAGUCUUCAUCAGCAUAAUACAUUUGAUGUUAGUUCUCCACUGCCUGUAUCUGUUGGUAGCAUUGCCCCUCAGCUUCAGCAACCUGUUCAUGUGCAAUCGUCUGGUUGGUCAGUGGAAGAAGCUACUUCUCUGGCUAAUAGCUUAAAAGGUUUGACGAUGCUGGAGAAUGGGCAUUUAACAAAACUUGGGUUGCAAGAUAAUGCAAGCCUGUCUCAUCCUACAGCUCGUUCGGUUGGUUUCCAAAAACUACCCAUUAGUGCCAGUGCUGGUGAUAUGUACUACAGUCAGAUGAAAGUGCCAGAUACUGUGUUGCCAUCCAGAAUUGAUGCUAUUGUACCAUCUGGAGUUACUGCUGAUGCUUUGGCUGCUAAAACUUCCUCCGCUUUGCAAGUUGGGAUGCGGAAGAAUCCAGUUAGCCGCCCGGUUAGGCAUCUUGGUCCUCCACCUGGUUUUAGCCAUGUUCCUUCAAAGCCACAGAGUGAAUCCGUUUCUGCUUCACACUUGGAGAACCCCCUGAUGGAUGAUUAUAGUUGGUUGGAUGGGUAUCAGUUGACACCAUCAUUGAAAAGCUCUGGGUUUGAUAGUUCCCUCAAUCAUGCAUCUCAUGCAGAUCCCAAUUAUGUCAAUAACAGCAGCAAUGGUUUGAAUGGAAUGGUAAGUUUCCCUUUCCCUGGGAAACAGGGUCCAACAGCGCAGUUUCAAAUGGAAAAGCAGAAAGGCUGGCAGGAUUACCAUACUCUUGAGCAUCUGAAAAAUCGACAUGAACUGAAGUUGCAGCAACAGCAAUUGAUGAAUGGAAACCAGCAGUUUACUGCACAGCCUGAGCCGUAUCAAGGACAAUCAGUCUGGACAGGUCGUUAUUUUGUGUGAGAUCAAUCUGUUCUUGAGUUGAGAGUGAUUCCUGUUGUACUGCAUCCGUUUGCUGCCAAAUUCAACUCCAUCUUUGAAGCAUUGUCAGUAUUGAGUUUUUGUUGGAGCAUGGGUGGCCUUGGCUUCUAGUGGGCACUUGCCGUUAAACAAAUUUCGAGGAAGAUUGGGGAAAACCAUAUUUAAGACGCGAAACUUGUAAGGAGUAAAAUGCCUUAAUUGGUUAUUUGGGAUGGAGAUAAAAACGUGUUAAUAAGAUCAUCUAUCGGGUUUGGGGCUAUGUCUUGAAGAGUUGGUUGGAAAAAAAACUUGGUUUACUAUCCUAACUAUCUAUCCAAUGCUCAUUUGCCUAAGUUGCUGUUAAAAGUCGGCAACCGGCAGCUGAGACUAAAGUAUAUGAUGUGUGCUCGACCCAGUUACUCUGUGGAUGAGCUUCAGAGGUGUCGUUGACAUGUUUAUACGGGUAUGUUGUGCAUACAAUUGUUGGGAUUUGGGAUUAUUGGUGGUGCUUUUGAGUAGCAGAAUGUGUGAUUUAUGUAUGUUUGCUACAUAUACAUACAUAAUAUAUUUAUGGUUGAAAGACAUGUUUUUAGGUUCAUCAUAUUGUUAUUAAGCAUUUAUUACUAGUUUGAUAUGAGUUAUGGUGGAACACAUAAACACUAGUUUGUCUUCUUUUUUUAUGGUUUGAAGUUAGGGUUUCACUCAAAACUUUCAGUGUAACGAAAUAAAUCUAUGGAGAAUUGCGCAGGUCAUUGCAUA